AUGGAAUAUUCACGAGACCGAGGAAAACCCCACGGAACCCACAGAGCCCCCGAGUUUUAUAAAGGAUUUGGGGAGUUUGGGCCACCGAAGUUCAGCACGGCGUGGAUAAAAUCCCGGCGGGUGCAGCACAAGGCAGGAACAGGACAGGGCAGGGGGUGGCACACAGAGCUCCAGCAGGGAGUGCAACACCUGCACCAAGCAGGAGGCAGAGGCAGCAUUUCCUGCACAGCAGCAGCAGCAGCAGGAGCAGCAGUGGCACAGAGCAGUGGCACGGAGCACCAGCGUGGUGCAGAUCGCCAAGGCAGCACCAGAGCUGGAUUCCCUAGCACAGGAGGAGCAGCACCAGCACAGCACAGGGCAGGAUAUCAGAGCCAGUUUUCCCUGGCACAGCAGAAACAGCACCAGCACAGGGCAGGAUGCCAGAGGCAGUUUAGUUUUCCCUGGCACAGUGGGACCAGCAGGAGCAGCACCAGCACAGCACAGAGCAGGAGGCCAGAGCUGCAUUCCCACAGCACCAGCGCAGAUCAGGAUGCCAGAGGCAGUUUAGUUUUCCCUGGCACAGCAGAAGCAGCAGGAGCAGCACUGGCACUGAACACCGGCACAGAGCAGCGCAGACCAGGAUGCCAGAGGCAGUUUAGAUUUCCCUGGCACAGCGGGAGCAGCACCAGCACAGAACAGCAGCAGCAUGCCAGAGACAGCAUUUCCUGCACAGCAGGAGCAGCAGUGACACAGAGCAGUGGCACAGAGCAGUGGCACAGAGCAGUGGCACAGAGCAGUGGCACAGAGCUGUGGCACCGAGCAGUGACACAGAGCAGUGGCACAGAGCAGUGGCACAGAGCAGUGGCACAGAGCAGUGGCACAGAGCACCAGCGUGGUGCAGAUCACCAGGACAGCACCAGAGCUGAAUUCCCCCAGCACAGGGGGAGCAGCAGGAGCAGCACUGGCACAGCACAGAGCAGCACAGAGCAGGAUGCCAGAGGCAGAUUAGAUUUCCCUGGCACAGCAGGAGCAGCACCAGCACAGAGCAGGAUACGAGUGCCAGUUUAGUUUUCCCUGGCACAGCAGGAAGGAGCAGCACCAGCACAGCACAGAGCACGAUGCCAGAGGCAGUUUAGAUUUCCCUGGCACAGCAGGA